AUGACCUCGCCGCGCUAUGUCAAAGUUACGGAACUCACUGACCACACACCCCACUACCAGCAGGGCUGUCCAAUCCUCGCCCUCAGCGCCCUCUUGGCUGCCGCCAAUGCUGGAUUCCUUCCAGUACACCACGCCUCGGCUGUGUCCUCCCAAAGUAUCGUACGCCAUGACACUCCCGUCCAUGGAUACUACUCAGCUCCAGCAGUUCACGCUGUCCACGCCGCCCCUGUAGUCCACGCUGCCCCACUUGUCCAUGCUGCACCCAUCGUCCACGCUGCCCCAAUUGUGCAUGCUGCCCCCGUCCAUGCUGAAUACUGCACAAGACCGCCGGCCACCAUCCCGCCCCAGUUGUCCACGCUGCCCCCAUUGUUCACGCCGCACCCAUUGUCCACGCCGCCCCCAUCGCCAUCGCGCAUGGUCAUCAUGGUCAUGGAUUCCACUACUAAACGACUAGACUAG